CACCCGUUGCGCUGAUUGUCAAAAAACCCUUCAGCCAAGAGAGCGUCAUGUCGGAGACAUCUCCUGUGCCCAGUCCACAGAGAGGGAAGCCGCCAAAAUCGAGAGAGGAUGGCGCAAUAAACGGUGUCAGUCGCAUCCCCAUCAAACAGAGGCCGGCCCAACCGCCGCUCCACGUUCGUCACAUUAGAACUGGUAUGGGAGGCGGGGAAUACCCUGGAACUGCAGCCGUGAGACGAGGAAGAAGCUUCUCCAUCAACCCCACCAUCUCUGGCGGGGGCCCAAAGCCUCUCCCUGGGCUCCAGACACAAAAGAGAGCGUCAUCCACCGACCCUCAACCAGUACCUCUCCCCUCCCCUGCUCCCUCUCAGUCACUCCCCCUCAGAGGCCCCGCCCCCUCUCCGCCUCUCUCUCGUCCGCUCCAGCCCUCGCAGCCGGGUCCUCCGUCCCAAAUCCCUCGUUCCAUCCCCCCUACCUCCUCUCUCCCUCCUUCCUCUGUCGCCCCGCGAUCCUCUCAAGCCAGCAUGUACAAGAGAGCACAGUCCGUCGCCACCACGUCGUACGCCACAGUUGAGGCGGCACGACUCAGACUAAUAGAGAGAGCCACGAAAGCACGACUAUAUCUCCUGCAUCAGAUCGGGCCAAACAGGUUUCUAAUUGGAGGAGAUUCGCUGGACAGUCGAUUCCACGUCACGAUUGGUCCUCAGAGCUGUACCUGUGGCAAGCCCCAUUGUAUCCACCUACUGUUUGUGAUGUUACGUGUCCUCAAAGUCGGUCCAGGAGAUCCUCUCCUCUCUGCCAAAACUUUGAGGAACUAUGAGACAGAAAGUCUACUAAGAGAUCUCCAUGCCAGAAACACUCAGAGAACCACGCCCAAGAAGUUCAACAAGAGGAGGUUCGACUUCUCUGUCAGUAAGAUGGCCACCUCUGCUGCGUCGAUGAGGCCUCACUCCAUCUGUAAGAUUGACGACCUAGACGAGAGAGAAGAGGAUGUGGCCAGCGUCCCUGGAGGGUCAGUGGCAGCGGCUGCUCACCCUGACCUCAACGGAGGUAAAGUAAGAGAGGAAGGAGAUGGAGAGUGUGAGGGUGAGAGGGGGGAGGAGGGGGAGGGGGAGAGGGGGGACAGUGACAAGAGCGAUGAGGAGGACAUCUGUCCCAUUUGUCUCAACGAGCUUGACGAGGGGGAGGACCUCAUCGCCUGCCGUCGCUGUGGCAACAGGCUCCACCAACACUGCAUGGAUAUUUGGGCUGGAGAGCAGCACAGGAAGAAGGAGGUGGUCCAAUGUCCAGUGUGCAGGACAUCGUGGCAUAACUCCACAGCCUCUCCCUCCAAACCAGGCGGACAGCUGUUCCUGCAGGUCAGCGUCCCCGUGGGGGGUGAGGGGGGCGGGGCCUCGAGGGGUUUGGCCAGCGGAGGAGGACUGCGCCUGAAGUCUCUGAGUCCAGCUCAUCAGAUGAACCUGAGCAGAGAGAAGGUCCUCAUGCUGGAGAAGAUACGCAAGGUGUUUGGAGAGAUGGUAAUGGAGGGGGUCCUCUCUCCAGACUGGAAAUCCAGGGAGAUGGCCGUCACCCACACCUCCCGUGAGGUUGUCUCACUCCUCCUGCCCCAGAUCAAGGCCACCAACGUCUCCAUGGAGACGGGGGCGGAGUGGCGGGAGGUUCACGAGGCGGCGUUCCUCAUCAUCGUGAAUGGCUGCAGCGACUCUGUCCUCAAGGUCUUCCUGGCUUCCCUGGAGCUGCUGAGGGUAGUGUUGGGCUACACCGUGUGUUCGACAGAGGAGGACUCCGCCUUCCUCCAGGCACUCCUCAAACCUCUCGUUCUUAUUCUCCUCACUCGCUGUGCCAACGCCCAAAGUCGUGUCAAAGAGUGCUCCAUUGACACGGUGUGCCAUUUCUGUCUGGGACAGGAGGGACCUCUUUCUCUCGGCUCUGCCUGUGGGAAGACGAGUCCCUUUUGCGUGUCCAGUCUCCCGUUUGUCGUUCAGUGUGCCCUCAGACGGGACGAGACGACCACUGAGAUCCAGACGUGGCACUGGUGGCUCGGGAGACUCAACUUCAUCGAGAGAAUGACGCAGAGAUUUUCUUGGGAUUUCCUCCUCGAAAACUGCACCUAUCAGCCUCCGUUUUCGGCGCACCCUGACCCCGAGGACUCGCUGACCAGCAUGUCUGCGGGGAGUUUGGAGGCUCAGCCAUUGUCGCUCGACGUUCCCUCGGACGACGAGGGAGGGAGGGACGACGAGGGAGGGAGGGACGACGAGGGAGGGAGGGAGGACGAGAAACACGUGAGAAGUGACAAUUCUCCAAACAAGGUUGAAUAUCUACUCCCACCCCCUCCCCCGUUCCCCGCGCGGCCUUCCCCCUCUCCCUCCCCGCCCGUCCACCCAGCUGCCGAGACAAACCUCCUCGCCCAGGCGUGGUACUUUGCCGCCGCGGCAACCCACAUCCCUCACAACAAGGUGGGUAAAGUCGCGCGACGUGUCAUAAUCCGCAUCGCCAAGGUCCUGCGCAGCGAGCCUUUCUCUCUGGAAAUAGUUCACGACGUCGUGUCUCGAUGUCACCGCACGGCUGCAGAAGGACUCCUCGACCGAGUUUUGACAGCUCGUGAGAAGUCGGCGCCCUCCAUUGAGAGGCAAUCAGAGCAGGAACCAAAGAAGAAACGAGCGGAAGAGAGGCGACUAACAUCUUCUCAGAAGUACGCUCCGUUUCCGGAGGUUCGGAAAAGAAAGGAGAGUCCGUUGCCGCGGGCGAGAGAUUCAGCCACUCCCGAUAGAGGGGGCGGGGUUUCACCAGGGGGUGUGGCUUCAGACGACAGCUACCGGUCGGCGGUGUCUGAUCUGAGUGGGGAGGAGAGGGGGGGAGGGGAGGGAGUGAGGGAGGAGAGGAGACCAGAGGGGGCCUCAUCCAGUGGGGCCAGCUCUGACAGCAAGUCUGAGGAGAAGGGAGGCGCCACGGGGAUCAGCCCUGGGAACAUGAAACUCCCCAACUACUAUCAGAGACAGACGACGGUUGACUCAGCCUUCAGCAGUGGCAGUGUCAGUACCGAGCCCGAGGGCUCUGGACUCGAAGUCUUUCAGUGUAAGAGGAACAUAGAAGAAGAGGAGGCUGCUGCUGAGGCAAAGGUCCGCUCUCUGGUCCCCGAGGACACGCCCCACCCCUCGCUCUACGGGAUACAACCCCCCAGCCCAGAGAUCCUCAUCCAUGUACAGGGCACCGCAGGAGGAGCAGAGGGUAGUGAUGGUCCCGGAGCUGCGUACCUUGAAGGGAAGCAGUGGGUGAAAGGAAAGCUGAUUGGCACCGGAGCUUUCUGCUCGUGCUUCCUGGCAAGAGACACUCGUCUGGGGACAAUGAUGGCAGUCAAACAGGUGAGCUACGCGAGGAACACAAAGACGGAGGAACAGGCUGAGAUGAAGAGACUGCAGGAGGAGGUGAUGAUGCUGGGUAGACUGUCCCACCCCAACGUGGUCCGCUGUCUCGGAGCCACUCAACACGAGGGACACAUCAACAUAUUCAUAGAGUGGAUGGCCGGAGGGUGCCUGGAUCAAGUUCUCCACGACUUUGGCCGGUUUGCUGAGAGCGUCAUUUGUAACUACAGCCGCCAGAUCAUAUAUGGAAUAGUCUACCUCCACGAACAUGGGAUCAUUCACAGGGAUUUGAAAGGUGGCAAUAUUCUGCUGGACUCCACCGGUCGGAGAGUAAGGAUUGCUGACUUCGGUGCAGCCGCUCGACUGGCCAGCCACACCACAGGACUCGGAGAAUUUCAAGACAUGGAGGGAACUGUGGCUUUCAUGGCUCCCGAGGUGGUGAGGGGAGGUACGACAGAAGAAGGCUCUGCCACCGGGAUUGGCCAAGCAACGGAGCCCCCUCCUUUGCCACCAUUCUCAGAUCCCGCCCUCAAAGAUUUAACCCUUCGCUGCAUGGAGGUGAACCCAGACGACCGUCCCGUCUCCUCUGAACUCCUCAAACAUCCCCUCUUCACCUCAUCAUGAUUACCUAAUCAUUACAUCAUCUCUUAUUUUAUAACGCCAAGUCUUCAUAUGCAUCUUAGUUGUGUAAACUUGUCCCUUUUCCAAUCACUUUUCCCCUUUUAUUAUUAUUAUAAUUAUAUAUAUAUACCCACAAACGGUUUUAUAUCACGUGACAUUCAUCUUGAUGAAUCAU